AAAAUCAGAACACGUGGACUAAUCAGAUUCACCUGAUAAAUGUCCUUAUCGGAAGAUUAGGAUAAGCCCAACUAGAUAUAUAAUAAAGUUAUUGUAAUUAGAGGCAGUUUAUUUGUUGAACAACUAAAUAAACAGAAAAAUGAAGCUGCUACUGGUACUAGCUCUCGCCGCCGUGGCCGUGGCCAGCCCACUGGUCAAGCCCGUCGUCUUGCCCGAGGCUCCUCUGCCCGCUGUGGAGGCAGAGGCCUACGUGCCCAUGGUUGAGCCCGUCUCUUUCAUGCCUCUCUACAUUCCCAAUGAGGUGGUCGAGGCUCUUAAACUGGCUGACGCCCAAGGUGUUUUCGACUCCAUGGCCGAAAACGCUGUUGAAGACAUCGCCCCUGAAGCCGUGAACUUCGUCGAUUUCGCUGAAAACGCUGAUGUCGCUGAGGAGGUUGCUGCCCCCGCCGCUGAGGAGAUCAUCCCCGAGCCCGUCAACUUCGUAGACUUCGCUGAAAACGCUGACGUCGCUGAAGAAGAAGUUGCUGCCCCUCUUGCCGAGGAAAUCGCUCCCGAACCCGUCAACUUCGUAGACUUCUCUGAGAACGUUGCUGAGGAGGAGGUCGCUGCCCCUGCUGCUGAGGAGAUCAUCCCCGAACCUGUUAACUUUGUUGAAGUCGCCGAAAACUCUGACGUCGCCCAAGAGGAGGUUGCUGCCCCUCUUGUCGAGGAGAUCAUCCCCGAACCCGUCAACUUCGUUGAUUUCUCCGAGAACGCUGCUGAGGAGGUCGCCCCUUUCGCUGAGAUUCCCGAAGAAGUCAGUGUCGUACACGUCAUCGAAUACGUUGAAUUGUCCGACGCCGCCGAGGAGGAGGUCGCUGCCCCCGCUGCUGAGGAGAUCGUCCCUGAGCCCGUCAACUUUGUCGACGUCGCCGAGAACGCUGACGUCGCUGAAGAAGAAGUUGCUGCUCCUCUUGCCGAGGAAAUUAUCCCCGAACCCGUCAACUUCGUUGACUUUGCCGAGAAUGCUGCUGAGGAGGUAGCCGCCCCUCUUGCUGAGGAAAUCAUCCCUGAAGCCGUAAAAGUUGUCGAGGUUGCCGAGGACAUCUUCGAUGUUGCCCCUGCCGCCGAGGAGUCUGUUGCCAACGAUGCGGUCAGAGUAGUCGACUUCGCCCCCGUGAGGUACCCCGGCAAGGUCUACGACAACCCCAUGCUCCGUUAAUUUACCAAUACUCAGUUGGAAAACCUUAACUUCUAAAAUGUACCAAUAAUUUUUA